AUGAACCAGGACAACAACACCUUUACCUCAUUCAUAUCACGCUACUCCAUCACUUGUUCAAUCUUUGCCAUGGCGUCCAAGCUGUCUUCAGCUGACGUUGAAGUCGUCCACGACGAUGAGUUCAAGGGCCAUGCUCACCAUGCUGAGGCCAGCGCUGCCACGGCUAGGGAGCAUCAGCUGAGCUUCAGAGAUUCUCUCCGGCUGUAUCCCAAGGCCAUUGGAUUCUCCCUGCUGUUUUCUACGGCUAUUAUUAUGGAGGGUUAUGAUCUUGCCCUCAUUGGAUCCUUCUACGGUUACCAACCAUUCCGAAACAAGUACGGCAAUGAGUCUGAUGGCGAAGGCGGCAAAGUCGUCUCGGCCGAAUGGCAGACAUACAUCCAAGUCGGAGGCAUGUGCGGCCAGAUCAUCGGUCUCUACCUCAACGGUUGGGUGUCUGAUGCCAUUGGCUACAAGAGAUCCAUGAUUCUCUCUCAGAUGCUCAUGAUCGCCUUUAUCUUCAUCGUCUUCUUUGCCAAGAACAUCGAGAUGAUCCUCGCGGGCCAGAUCCUGCUCGGUAUCCCGUGGGGCGUUUUCCAGACUCUUACUCUGGCUUACGCCUCUGAUGUUGCCCCCGUCGUUCUGCGGCCUUACCUCACGGCCUAUGUCAACCUCUGCUGGGUUAUUGGUCAGUUGAUCUCUGCCGGCGUCCUCCGUGGAUUCCUCAACAUGGACAGCGAAUGGUCCUACCGUAUCCCCUUCGCCAUCCAGUGGGUCUGGCCUCCUUUCAUCAUUCUUGGAACUCUCUUCGCUCCAGAGUCUCCAUGGUGGUUGGUCCGCCAGGGCCGCCAUGCGGAUGCCAAGCAGGCCGUUCUCAAGCUUGUCAGCCCCAAGCCUGAUCUCGAGUUUGAUGCCGAUGCCCAAGUCGCCAUGAUCCACGCCACCAACGAGCUCGAGAAGGCUACCUCUGCGGGUACCAACUACUGGCACUGCUUCAUGAGGACCGAUCUGCGACGAACUGAGAUCGCUUCCAUCACUUAUAUCGCCCAAGCUACUUGUGGCAGUGUGCUCAUGGGCUACUCUGUCCAGUUCUACGAGCGUGCCGGUCUCGACCCAAACAGCUCGUUCACCCUCAACAUUGUGCAGUACGCUGUUGGAGCCGUCGGUGUUAUCCUCUCUUGGUUCCUCAUGGCCAAGCUUGGACGCCGAACCCUCUACAUUGGCGGAACAUGCGUGCUCUUCAUCAUUCUCAUCGUUGUCGGUGGCCUCGGCUUUGCAGAUUCGAGCAAACCCGGUCCGUCUUGGGCAGUUGGUAGUCUCCUCAUCUUCUACACAUUCAUCUACGAUAUGGCGGUUGGCCCCGUCUGCUACACCAUCGUGGCUGAAAUCCCAUCCACUCGACUCAAGGCCAAGACCAUCGUCCUUGCACGCAACUUCAACAACAUGGCUGGUCUGGUGAACAACACCCUGAUGCCCCGCAUGCUGGGCGUCAACUCGUGGAACUGGGGUGCCAAAACUGGUCUCUUCUGGGCCGCGUUCUGCCUCCUGAUCAUGAUCUGGGCCUACUUCCGCCUUCCUGAGCCCAAGGGCCGCACUUACGGAGAGUUGGACGUUCUGUUUGAGCACAAGGUUAGCGCGCGGAAGUUUGCUACCACUCGUGUGGAUCAGUUUGGAGACGACAAGGGUGCCGUGGAGGUUGACGCGCAUGCCAAGUAG